AUGGUCACAAAGAACGACAACCCGGGCUUCUAUGAUUGUCUGAUCAUCGGGGCUGGUAUAUCAGGCAUCAAUGUAGCAUAUCGACUGCAAGAGCAGUCUCCCGGACAGUCCUACGCGAUCCUCGAGGCUCGAGACUCGCUCGGUGGCACUUGGGAUCUCUUCCGUUAUCCUGGUAUUCGCAGCGAUUCUGAUAUGUACACAUUCGGCUUCGAGUUUUAUCCAUGGAAGGAAUACCGCACGAUGGCAGAUGGAGCAUCCAUCAAGGAAUACUUGACUGAUGCUGCAAACACUUUUGGUAUUGACAAACACAUCCGCUACCACCACAAACUUCUCUCGGCAAACUGGUCCACAGAUCAACAGAAUUGGACUUUUAAAGUCGAAACACCAGAGGGUCAANAGAACUUUCGCUCUCGCUUCGUUGUAUUCUGUACGGGAUACUACGAUUACAAUGAAGCCAUGCCCGCUAAAAUACCUGGGAUUGAAAACUUCCAAGGACAAGUUGUUCACCCACAGUUCUGGCCCAAGGACCUGGAUUACACCAACAAAGACGUCGUCAUCGUGANNGUUGGUAGUGGAGCCACCGCAGUGACCCUUCUCCCUAACAUAGCCAAAAAGACAAACAAAGUGAUUAUGCUACAGCGAAGCCCGACCUAUAUUGCAGCAGUGCCACAACGGGAUAACCUCUCAUACUGGCCUGCAAGGUUUUUACCUGUCAGCUGGACAUACAAACUCAGGCGUAUUCAGUUCUUGAUCUUGCCAUUCCUCUUCUUCAAGUUCUGCAAAGCCUUCCCGGAUCGCGCCAGAAGGCUUUUACAAAAGGGAGCCGCCUCAAAACUUCCAGAAGGCUAUCCUAUAAAACCCAAUUUCGACCCAAGCUAUGGACCGUGGGAUCAGAGACUUUGCGCUUCGCCAGACGGAGACUUCUAUAAAGCCAUCAAAGACGGGCAAGCUGAGGUUGUCACGGCUCACAUAAAGCAGGUGACAGAAAAGAGUAUCCAUCUGGAAGGCUCUGAUCGUGUCUUGACUCCAGACAUCAUCGUUACCGCUACCGGCUUGAAGCUUAUCAUGGCAGGAGGUACCAAGGUGUCGGUUGACAAUGAGUCUGUUGAUAUAUCGCAGAAGCAUCUCUGGAAAGGUGCCAUGAUCGAGGAUAUUCCCAAUGCUGCUAUUGUCAUUGGAUACACGAAUGCAUCCUGGACGCUUGGCUCCGACGCAACGGCGCAGUUCGUCACCCGCCUCAUGAACCAUAUGGAGAAUAAUGGCUUGUCGCAAGCGGUACCUAGAGUGGACCAGAACUCUGGUCUGGAAGACCGAUCAGUCCUGGACCUAAGCUCCACAUACAUUGUUAAAGCAGAGGGAAAUCUUCCUAAAGCUGGCAACAAGGCACCAUGGCUUCCGCGCUCUAACUAUAUGAGGGAUCUAUGGGAGAUGAAGUUUGGUAGUAUUACACACGACAUGCAAUUUUCGAGAAUCUCCACGUAG